CAUUUCAAAGAUCGGCCGUCCUGUAGAGUUUUCCCCAAGCAUCAUGCCAGCCAAACCAGCACCUAUCAAAAAGUCAGCCAAGAAGGCUGCUGAAAAAGAGGAGAAGCCAGCAGAGCCGGCGCCCGUGCCUGAGGCUGCCCCCGCCGAGGCGCCUCCUGCUGAAGCGGCGCCGGUAGAAGCUCCCGCUGCGGAGGUACCUGCUCCUGAAGGCCCUGCUGAGGAAGCUGCUCCCUCCACUGAUGCUUCAGCUGAGGCUGCACCUGUGGAAGAGCCACCUAAAGCACCAACACCACCUCCUCCAGCAGUGCCCACAAGUGUCCCUCAGAACCUCAGUGUGGAUGAUGUCAAUGACACCUCAGUCACUCUUAACUGGAGAUCCCCAGAGAAUAUUGGCUCUGGACUGGAUGGAUAUACCGUGGAAUACUGCAGAGAAGGAUGUUCUGAAUGGGUGGUUGCCAAUAGUGAGCUCAUUACGUCCAGCCGGUUUGUCAUCAGCGGCCUGACAGCUGGAGACCUACUUAACAUCCGUGUGGUGGCCGUGAAUGCUGGAGGCCGCAGCGAGCCCGUCGCCCUGCCUCAGCCCGUCCCUGUCCGGGAGAUUGUGGAAAACACUGAGAGUAGUGCUGUUUUUUGGCAGGAGUGGUUCACGGUCCUCGAGCACUUCCACAGGCUGAACGCUACAGUCUCUGACCUUGUCAUGGGAAAUACAUACACCUUCAGAGUUUUUGCAGAAAACAAGGUUGGAAGGAGUGAGACUGCUGCUGUAACAAAAGGUGCUGCUCAUAUUCAGAAAACAGGUAUUGUCUACAAACCAGCAGAGUACAAGGAGCAUGAUUUCAGCGAGGCUCCCAAGUUCACAGCGCCUCUCAGUAACAGAGCUGCCACUGUGGGCUACACCACUAAACUACUAUGUGCCGUCCGAGGCAGUCCAAAGCCUACAAUCGAGUGGCUGAAGAAUCAGAUGCUCAUAGGAGAUGAUCCCAAAUACAGGCAGAUCAACAACCAGGGAGUGUGCUCACUCGAAAUCCGCAAACCAUCCAGCUUUGACGGUGGCGUCUACACUUGCAGGGCCAAGAAUGCCCUUGGUGAGGCUACAGUUGUCUGUAAGCUAGAGGUCAAACAGGUGAUCAUCUCAGAUGAAAAAGAGAGGAAAUAAAAUAAUGUGCACAGUUCAUCUGUUGAGGAGCAGCAGGACACAAUGCUGUAGAAUGACAGCGAUGUUUUCAGUGGUGCAGGAGGAUGAGCUGAUGUGUGCACAGCAAUGAAGGCUCUGACUUGCAUCUGGGAUUAAUUCGUUCAACAAAAUAUAAGAAACAUUGGAUAGUUUCCCGUUUUGAUUCAAAGCAACUACACAUUAGUGAGAGCGAAAAAAAAAUAGUUUUAUAUUGUCGCAUGUAUAUUUCAAGUGUCACUGUAGUUCAUUCCUGAUGAAAUCCCUCUUUGUAAUUGAGUGUUUCCAAUAAAAGAAUAA